AUGGAAAAAGAUGAGCAGAUUUUUGGUCUGGGUCAGCACCAGACUGGGAAUCUGAAUAAGAAGCCAGGAACAUAUAAUUUCCGGCAUUACCAAUCCGAAACAACAAUUCCAUUUUUCAUCUCGUCAAAGACUUACGGCUUUUUAUGGAACGUCCCCAGUAUGGGUCACGUAACCCUUGAUGACAACAGAAUCCAAUGGUUUACGGAAUCAGCGAUGGUAAUUGAUUACGAUGCACCUCACUGGCGUGCUUUUGGCGACUUCGCAUUUGAUCGAUUGAAAUUUCCUGACCUAGCGCUGCUUGUCGAAACGGUUCGCAAGUUGACGAAUGGAGCACGCAUUAUUGCAAGUAUAUGGCCCCUUAUGGAACCCUCAUCCGAGAACUGGCUUGAUUAUCUAUCUUCCGGUCUUGUUGCUGGAUCGACACAAGGCACUGGGGUAGUAGAAUUCUUCAACGGUACAGCUAUGCAUCUCCUUGACUACACGAAUCCUAUGACCAGAAAUAAGACUUGGAAAGGAGGUGGUGUCGGAGAAGGGUUUUCAUUCAAAACCAUCACGAUGUAUCCUCUCCAGGUGGUACCUUAUCCACGUCCAAAUUUUAUUUACUCGCUCGGCACUCAGUCUGAGAUUGGAGCAAUUUUUCCAUUCUAUGCUCAAAAAAUGGUCUACGAUGGUCUAGCAACUUUGGAUAUCCAACCUGGACAUCACGAGGAAGACAAGGGAAUAUCAUUUUCUAGAAGUGCAUGGCUAGGAUCUCAACGGUUUUCCAGUGUCCUUUGGAAUGGUGAUGUUGAUGGAAGCUGGGAGGCGUUCCGCGCCCAGAUAACAGCAGGCCUCAAUGUCCAACUUGCUGGAAUCCCAUGGUGGGCUUCUGACAUUGGCGGCUACUAUGCUCAAACAGAAUACCAUGGUAACAUAUCCGAUCCACAAUAUCAAGAGCUCUAUGUUCGAUGGUUGCAGUACGGAACAUUUAGCCCAGUGAUGAGAGCACAUGGGCGACGCAAGUGCCUUCCGAAAGAUCAAGACAGAUUCGACUCUUGCCCCAAUGAGCCUUGGUCGUUUGGAGAAGCCGUCUUUCCUCACAUCAAACGAUUCAUCCACCUACGCUAUACUAUGGACCUCUAUAUCAAAGCCUUGUUCGAAGAAGCUAGCAGCUUUGGAACGCCGCUCCAAAGGCCUCUUUUCUUUGAUUUUGCCACAGUCGAUUUGUAUACGAUCAUGUACGCUGAAGAGCUCAAAAAUCAAUUCAUGUUCGGGCCGAACUUGCUGGUUGCUCCUAUAACCGUCCCAGGUCCUUCGGAGUGGAGAGUAUACUUGCCUGUUGACACAAUCCACAAGGAGCAAAACAACGGCAGCCCCAAGACCACAGUGUGGAGAGAUUGGUGGUCAGAUGAAAUUCACUAUGGCGGGAGAUUUGUUACACUGAGCGUUUCGAUAGCCAGAAUCCCUCUCUUUUACAGAGGGAGUAAGGAAGACUUGUUAGCUGGAAGAAUCAUCGGUUGA